CUUUCAGGCUUUCAGCAAGAACCUCCAGAUUGAGAUGGGGCGGUGUCCGGUCCGGAGCACUUUUGAGGAUGCACUGAAGCUGUUGGUUCAGAAGCAGGAUACUCUCGAGUAAGUUCGGUGGUCGGAUGCGGGAUGGAUAUAUUUUACUGACGAUGUGUCUAGUUUCAUGGUGACUGACGUGCGACCACUCUCGACUGCUGUCACAGCAUACGACGAUUUCAACCAUAUGCGAUCACAGAAGAUAAUUUUCGAGGGCGGAAAGUAAGCGUUUCUUAGCGGUUAGGAGUGUGUGGUGGCGGUUGUUGAAUUAUGCAGGAGAGUGGUUUGCAUCGCAUGCGUGUCUCAUAUCACCAUUACAGAUGCAGCAUGACAAUACAUCCGUGGUCGGUUGUCUGUCCGAACAACCUUGAUGGCCACCAAGCAGAAAGACGCGUCGGAAUGCAUGAUACCUGUCAAGGCUGUAGACGAUAAGCAAGGAAACCCACAAUGACAAAUGCUGCGAGAAGAAGUUUUUAAGCUGAAUGGAUCCAAGUCACAUGUCGGAGCCAGGCCAGCAAAUACAGGCCUAGUC